AUGAUUAUAUCCUUGCCACUGAAUCCUGACACAACGCCGCGCGAACCAGGUGGUACCGGAUACAGGUGGGCAUCGACUCCUGAUGGGGAGAACCAGCAGCAACGAAACUCUGCUGAAGCAGCCGGAAUGGCUGAAACGGAGCUUCGUUGCCGCAUUGCCGUGGUGGGUUAUUGGCGAUGCCACAAAGCCGCUUUCGGUGGAGUGGAGACCCAGAAACUGCUCCAAGUACUGACUUCAGGUCGUCGAAAUCGCCUGGUUAAAGAGAAAGCCCGGGCCGAUGUCGAUUCCCCAGAGGAUGAAGCGAGCAGUGAAACACAGGCUGUUCGGCUGAUAGAAUCCGGAGUAACAAACAAGAGACAAAUAUGGACUUUGAGCCUUGGCCUACUAUUCAUUUACAGGCCAUCAUCAGAUGCUGCUACUACCUGGUAA